AUGGCUGCCCUAUCUUUGCAAGCUUCUUCGGACGCUGCAGACGAUGCACCUACUUGGCUUGCGGCAGCAUGGAAGCAAUCCGUCGCACCAGGUGAUCAGCCUUAUCAAGAUGAUUCCUUGCUUGUUGGGAACUAUGCCAACACAUUGCUGAACACCAGCUUCGAGUCUGGAGAGUUCGUGCGACAUGCCGCCUUGAACAACAUACUUCACAAUGUUGACCAGUCACAGCUCACACUUGCAGUGAUCGCUUUUCAUGAUUGGCACCAGUCUCUGCUGCUACAGAGCCUCAAAGAGGCACAUCACCCCUUUCGCAAUGUCCUGGUCCUCGCGGAUGCAGACAAUUCAACGCAGAUCGACACUCCAAAAGGACCAUCGCAUGUGCAAGAAAAGGUUUGGACGGGAAGCGUUGAAACAACACUUUGCGACGCUGCGCAUGCAGUCAGCACCGAACAAUUUGUGUAUACUGACACAUAUCAUUUCAUCUCCGGACCGGUGCAGAUUUUGACAGAUGUGGAUGGCCAUCCUGUGAUACCCUACCUGCCUGCAUCGUCGGCAUAUUGCACAAAGUACCGGGAGUGCACAGCGGCACUGGAUCAGGCUGAAGCCUUCUUCGGGGUGGAGCUGUUGUACCACCACGAUACCUAUGAGACCGUGUUUAUGACGGAAGACGUCAGAGCUUUCUGCGAGACCUGGAAGGUGGCAGUCAGCACGAUGGGUAGCUAUGAAGAUUGCGACUACCUGCUUGGACCAACCGCAGAUGACUACAUGGCCUGGCUGGUAUCGGUGAACCGGCCGUUCAAAUACAUGCCGAAGAACAAGGAGUGCGCCCUUUUCGUUGAAGAUGUCGGCAAAUGUGAAGCCAAUCCAAACUGCACAUUCAGACCCAUUUACGAAAGUGGUAAGUGCAUGCCGACUUGGCAGUUCGUCUUGUUGCCUGAGCCGCCUCGUGCAAUUACCUGGUCUUCCACUACCACACGAUCAUCGACCGGUCAAGCAGACGUUCCAACAACUUCCAGUAUGACCUCCACUUUUACGAGAACUAGCUUUUCCUUGACCUCGACCGUGACAAUUACAUCCACGACUUCAAGUGUUCAGUUUCUGACCUGUCAGGUCCCAGACGUUGAUGAGGUCGAGGAUUGCUACUCCCUGCUGCCAGGCGAAGCAUGCCAAGUGCCGUGUCCUGCAGGCUAUGAGGGUACUCCUUCCCAGUAUAUCUGCCAAGCCAACUUCACAUUCUCCGGUGAGCAGCCGGCAUGCACAAGGACCACUACAAGUUUGGUGGACGCUGGCGAUGCUCGUUGCUCAGGAGGCCUUCCAGUUGGUGUUGGCAUUGACGCCAGCGACUGCUUCGGGAUUGUUGCAGGUGCGACCUGCACAGUCCGAUGCUCCGGUCGCUUUUCAGGUUCUCCUGUACAGUAUCUAUGUGCGGCAGAUGGAGCUUUCAGGGCCUCAUCUCAGCUGGAAUGCCAGGAGAGGUUUUGUAGCACUGCCCAGCUUCCCAGUGGCUACGACACGGCAUCCUGCGCACAGACAGCUGUUGGGGAAGUAUGUUUCGUGAGAUGUCCAACAGGAUACCAUUCUGCGGAAUCUUUGUACAUUUGCGCAGCGGAUGGCUCAUUUCUGGGCUUUGAGCCAACCUGCAAGCUUGCCGACUGCCGCCAAAGUCUGGCAAGCAAGGCAGCAGACAUCAGCCGCAACUUCUCAGAUUGCUCGGACAUGAGAGCUGGGAAUGUUUGCCUGGUGCCCUGCGCAUACGGCUACGAAGGUCAAGCAUCGGAGUACACCUGUCUGGGAAACGGUAUCAGGCACAACUGCGCCGGAAAAACAACCAAUGAGAGCUGUUUGGUGGAGGCAGCUGCAGGCUACCAUUUUGAUUCAGUCCAUGGAUAUCGCUGCGGCCUGAACAAUGCCACAGAUGCUUUGGAGCUUCUAGCUGUCGAGGAAGACAUCAACUGCACAAGGCACUCUAGUUGGGAAAUGGUAGAGCCACAGCCGGCUUUCCUCACUUGCUGGAAUGCAUCGUUGAUUGGAAGACUGCCGCAAUGCCUCGCGCAGGUUUGCAGCUUCAACUUUCCGAAUGCCUUGGGAGUGAGCUCCAAUUGCAGUGGGGCAAAGACAGGAGAGCGUUGCGUGGCCAGGUGCAUGGAGGGAUACUACUACGCAUCGCCUGGGCCGGAAGAAUUUCUUUGCACAGCUGCGGGGUCUUUUCAAGGCAGAAGCCCAGAUUGCAGGCGUGACUCUUGCUCUGAUCUGCAGCUUGGAACUGCUUUUCAGCACAACUGCCGCAACAAACUCUUUGGAGAGUCAUGCGUGGUGAUUUGCGCUGCGGGCUUCUACAUUGCUGGUUGGGGAGCACAGUUCACAUGUGAUCGAAGUGGGCUUUUUCGUGGCGACCUCCCUCUUUGUCAACCUGCCACUUGCUCGGCUCUGCCGGACGAUAUUACCUUCACAUCCACUUGUUCCUCCAUCUCAAUGCAUGAGAAUUGCUCUGCGUCUUGUAGAUCUGGAUUCGAGCAGAAUUUCUCUAUCUUGACGUGUGAUGUCACUGGCACUUUGACAGGCCAACUCCCCUCCUGCAGGCCCCAGACGUGCCCUGUGCCAAUGCAGCUGCAACAUCCGUGGUAUGCGCACGACUGCACAACUCUCUCAUAUGGGCGGUCAUGCAGCGUGGUUUGUGCCAGCGGCUUCCAAUCACAGGGACCAGGUGAGCAAUGGCAAUGUGCACUCAACGGGUCCGAGCCUGCACUCAUCGGGCAACUUCCACACUGUAGCGCAGCUGCUUGUGAUACUGGCUAUCCACCGCGCAACGCAAUCUUCAAAGACAAUUGCACAGACAUGCUCAACGGCCAGACUUGCGUGCAGACCUGUGCUUUCGGGUACAUUCCAAGCUCAACUGCUGUGGACAGCUUCAUCUGCAAUCCCACUGGGGUACUGACGUCGAUCGGGUCGAUGGCCGAAGAAGAUCUGGUCUGCCGGCCUGCAACUUGCAAUCUGACAUUGCUUCGGCCGGAAUUCACAACUACGUGUGUGGACGACAUGCCAUUCAACAGCAGCUGCUAUGCCUUCUGUUCUCCUGGUUUCAAACUGGAAGGGCCCGUGCAACAUUGGAAAUGCGCUGGGGCGGACAGUGGGUUGCAAGCUGUGGAUGAUGGUGGUCAGGACAUCACCUUGCGGGGAAGCUUUCCAGUGUGUCUAGCAGAAUCUUGCACCUACAACAUCCCGUGGGAGACGAGGUAUGACCACAACUGUUCGGCUGUUCCGACUGGGUCCUUUUGCAUCGUUGCCUGCUGGGGACACGUCAACAGCACCACUCUUCGCUGCUCCGAAGAUGGCGCGUUGCAAGGAGCACUGCCUCCUUGCACAGAGGUCCAGCAAAGCAAGAGCGUAACAGCAACAACCACUGCUUGGACGUCCACGACCAGCGGGAGCUUCAAUGCACUCGUCGGCGAGCUGACAGUUCAAGUGAAUUCUCUCGACAGCUUCGCAGAUCUGACAGUCAGAGAAGGCUUGAUGCUUGCCUUGGCAGAACUCCUGCAAGUGGCCCCUGAAGCGCUGGUGCUCGAGGUGCAGCCGGUUGAGGGCAGCGCUGACCAAGCCCAACUGCGUUUCAGCUCUGCUCAGCAGCCAGCGAUGGUGCACUUGGACGAGCUUCGGCAAGCAGACUUUUCGCAGGUGGCAGCAAACAUCACGGCGGUGCUUGAGAAUUUCACGGAGGCCUCAACCAUCAUCGUGGUUGGCCCUUUGGUCAUAACUGUUGGCUUGGGAAGUCAGACCCUGGAAAUCAUUGUAGCACCAGCGGGCGAUGCAACAUCGCCGGAAGCUGUGCCGUUGACUGCCACAAUGACGGCCUCGGCAAGCGCUUUGCUCUGUUGCUGUGCAUGUGUGGGAUGCCUUUACAGACAGCGUUUGCAGAAGGCAGAGGGAAAUGGCUGCUUCUUGUGCGUGAACGCUUCUGAAGAUGUGGCUGCGUCAGUUUCAACCAACGAGAUUGGAAGCGAAGCGCAAACAUCAGCUGGUGAGGCUGCAUCCGACAGCUGGGACUGGGAGGAUGAAGGUGUGACGCGGACGCUGCCACCGAGUCGAGAAGUGACAGCAGGAUUUCCAACCAGGAGUCCUACUGCCAAAGACCUGCGUGACGUAGCAAGCAACCGUGAGAGCACGGUUGGAACCCUGCAUGGAGAGCAUGCUGAGGCUUCACGCGCCGAGCAGCUGCAGGCGUUGGCGCAUGGUCUUGGCUUCGAGGAGCCUGAAGAUUGGGCAGAGAAGCUGGCUGAUGCAGGCAUGUAUUUGGAGGAGGAGGGCGAAGACGUGGAAUAUGUCCAGGAGAUCCGGUUGGCUCUGGAAGAUGUUGGAGUCUACUACGAGGCUGAUCAGGUGAUCCAGGAUGCACCGGGCCCAAGCGAUCCAUCACAGGCAGCUUCAAGGGACAGAAGG